AUGUUAUCUUUGAUUAUUUUAAGUAGCUUUUUACUUUUCAUUAUUGGCCUGUAUUUAAUAUUGUAUUCUCCAUAUUGUAUACGUAAUUGGCGUGGUUUUGUAAUAUUAUUUCUUACAUUUACAAUACAUUCAAUAUUUAUUAGUAUUUUACCAUUUUGUCAAUUGUAUCUUUUAUAUUUUCUUAUAUUUAUUGAUAUUAAUUCUUUCAAUUGUUUUUAUCAUACAAUAAUUAUUUUUUAUUGUAUAUUAGAAUCAUUAUUCUUUUUAUUUACUGUUGAAGAAGCAAGAUUAUUAAAUACUCGUCCAUUACCUAAACGUCCUCGAUUACCAAAUAAUUAUGAUGAACAAUUUAUUGAUAGAAUUUUAAAUGUUUAUGAAAAAUCUAACGAUGAUAUUCGAGUUUGUUUUAUUGGAUGGUUUAAUGGUAUUGAAAAUUUAUCUUAUGAUUUAAUUUAUGAAGAAAAUAUUUUAGAAUAUAUAACUAUGGCAACAUAUGGUGCUAAAAAUUGGAAGGAAAUUACUAAUAAAAAGCAACAAUAUAUUAAAAAAUUAUAUAAAAGAUUAUUAAAAAAAUAUCCGGAACAACGUUCAAAAAUAAAAUCUGGUUAUAAUAAAAAAAUACAAUUAAAACAUCCAUAUAGAGAUUUAAUUCAAUAUACACAUUAUCCUAUGUUGAAAUAUCUUUUAUUUGGUUGUAUACGUUGUAUUACUACAUCCAUACUUACAUCAAUGAGAUAUGAAUAUCAAAUUAUUAAUAAUAUUGCGUUUUAUGUUAGAAAAUAUCCGAAAAAAACAAGUUUACCACCAAUUUUGUUUCUUCAUGGUCUAAGUCUUGGUGUGAAUACUUAUAUUUCAUUUAUACGUCGUUUAACAUCUCUCGAUCGUACAAUAAUUCUUCUUGAUAUACCAUCUGUAAGUAUGCGUCUUCAUACUGAAGUUCUUUCUAUGUCAAGUAUUCUAUCAUCUAUUGAACAAUUACUUAUUUCACUUAAUGAACAAUAUAUAACAAGUAUAAGUCAUAGCUAUGGUACUCUUAUUCAAUCAUGUAUUGUUAAACAAUUACCACAUAGAGUUCGUGAUCAACCAAUGAUUUUUAUUGAUCCGGUUUGUUUUCUUAUAUUUGAUUCACGUUAUAUAAAUAAUUUUGUUUAUCGUCAACCAAGUACACCAAAUCAACUUUUAUUACAUACAUCUUGUACAAAAGAUCUUUAUUCAAUUUAUGCUAUUGAACGUCAUUUAUGUUGGUAUGAGUGUAAUUUAUGGGUAGAAGAUAUAAAACAAAGUCGAAUUCGUAUACAUGUUUUUUUUUCUGAAAAUGAUGAUAUUGUACCUGUUUCAUUUAUAGAAGGAUAUUUAAGAAAAUCUAAUAUUGAUAUAACUAUUUUUCCUCAAUUUAAACAUGGUCAAUUUUUAAUAACACCAAAAGUUCAAGAUGAUAUUAUGGAAACAUUACAUAAAUUAGAAACGAAACCAAUGGUUGAUGAUGAUAUUGUAGUACAUGUUUAA